AUGGAGACAACAAACGCUUUCGGGGAGCUAGGCCUCUCGAUUAUUGGCAUAGCAUCUCAAUAUCCUCCUCACUCGCUCAAGCCAGAUCAAGUUCAGCAUCUGGCAGAGAGAUUCUACCCCGAUAGCCCAGCCAUGCAGAAAGUCCUGUCUAUCAACCGCUACACAGGCAUCGACACCCGAGCCUCCAUUGGUACAUCGGACCACCCUCUCGUCAACGCCAAAGAGGCUCCCUCGAUAGCCGAGCUCCAUCGCACAUUCAUGACCGACGGCGUGCCAUUGGCCGUAGCAGCUUCACGAAAAGCCAUCUCGGAAGCCGGCAUUCAACUAUCUGAUAUUACACACGUGGUCGCGACAACAUGCACCGACAGCGCAAAUCCAGGCUUUGAUCAUUUUGUCCUAAAGGAGCUCGGUGUUACGCAUCAAGUCGAAAAGGUCUUGCUCCACGGCGUAGGGUGUUCUGGAGGCCUGGCUACGCUGCGGACUGCCGCCAAUCUUGCUCUGGGCCAUGCCGCGAGACGGAAACCCGCCAGGAUACUAUGCGUUGCGCUCGAAGUCAGCACUACCAUGGUCCGGAGCGAACUCGACAGCGUCAAUCAGACCCAGGAGACGAGGAUUGGCGUUACUCUGUUCUCGGAUUGUGGAAGCGCGGUUAUUCUGAGCAAUGGCCUCGGCCAAAGGACGGCGGAUCCCGUUUACGAGCUUCUUGGCUGGGAACACAAGGUGAUUCCCGACACGGACCACGAUCUUGGAUUCGAUGUUGAUCCCGUUGGCUGGAAGGUCGUUUUAUCACCAAGAGUACCCAAAUUAGCUGCGCAGGUUCUGCAACCAACCUUUUCGGAGCUCAUGCGCGAUGUUCCUGACAUGGGGCCAAAGUAUCGCGAAGCCGCAGAUUUCGACUGGGCCAUGCACCCAGGAGGUGCAACGAUUCUCACAGGAGCCGAAAAGGCCAUGUCCAUUACACCUGAGCAUAUGCGCGCCAGUUACAUGACUUAUAUGAAUCACGGAAACUCGAGCUCGGCCACCAUCUUUUCCGUCAUGGACAAGCUGCGGUCAAAAGGUAUGGAUGAGAUGGCCCCAGGUGGCAGAGCCAAAGACUUUGUGGUUGGUUGUGCUUUUGGGCCGGGGAUCACGGUCGAAAUGUGUAUGCUCAAGCGCAAUUUGGGCAUCACUAGGCCGCAUGAUAUCCAGACGCCUCCCGACACCGAUAGCGAAGCCAGCGCAAGCGACGUCGAUGCUACCUCGGAAUGGGCGAGUGAGGACCCCAAGGAAUCAGUGCCCGACACGCCAGAGCCCGAAAUGAUUGAGCCAGUGGCUUCCCACUCACGUGAUGAAGACUUUAUCAAUGAAGCAUUGAGCAGAGUUGAGCUCGAUUAA